UUGCAUGGUAUGAUAAUUGGAGGCUAGGCCUAUUGUAGAUAUUGCAAUAUAGCUUAUAAUGAACUAAUUUAAGUUAUGUAUUAUUUCACAUCAAUAUUGGACAUUACACCAUUUUCUCAAAGCAACCAAGCCCAACAUAUAUGUUAUAGGCAAGCACCAUGUGUGACUAAUGGACAGGUAACGUAGAUAUACUGUAACUACGGUAGUCACCCUGUCUCACCUCUCAGACGUGUUUCCAUGGGAGCGAUCAGGUGCACCGAGGACUGGAGUCGCCGACGCCAAAAGGUGUAGGCUAUAUUUGCGCCUGUAAAUAUAAGCAUCAACAACGUAAUAUGAUUACAGAACGGAGGCUAAGGACCACGAGCAGGAUAUUAUAGACUUUUAGUUAAAACGGGAAUGACGAGUUACCGGGUAACCAAGGAACCGCUGUUGGUAAGGCGCCCAGCGUUAGUCCCAACGAAGUGGAAACGAGAACCACUCUGUUGAAUGACUCGGUCUACCGGAGAGAACCGCGCGUUAACAACGGCAAUCGAAGUCAGCCUAUAAUUGGAAAUUGAGUUGAAAGCAGUAAAGCGGGAAAUACUUAAUAUACCUGCGCCUAAAGACGUCAUGGGUGCGAUCAUGUUCGCGUGGAUGUACAUAUAAUUUGGUCUGAAGACCUUUUGGCUCCGAGUCAACACAGACAGCAGUCACGUUCCUCACCUGUCUGAUGGAGAAGUAUGACAAGCUGGCCAAGAUUGGAGAGGGUUCAUACGGUGUGGUGUUUAAAUGCAGACACAGGGAAUCCGGACAGAUAGUAGCCAUCAAGAAGUUUGUUGAGUCAGAGGAUGACCCAGUCAUCAGGAAGAUAGCACUGAGGGAGAUACGCAUGCUGAAGCAGCUGAAGCAUGUGAACCUGGUUAACCUCCUGGAGGUUUUCAGAAGGAAGAGGCGUCUCCACCUGGUCUUUGAGUUCUGUGAGCAGACCGUCCUGAACGAGCUGGACCGACACCCCCGUGGGGUCCCUGAGGUUCAACUGAAGAGCAUAGUGUGGCAGACGCUGCAGGCCGUCAACUUCUGCCACAAACACAACUGUAUUCAUCGGGAUGUGAAGCCAGAGAACAUCCUCCUCACCAAGACAGGAGUCAUCAAACUCUGUGACUUUGGAUUCGCCAGGAUCCUCACGGGGCCAGGUGAUGACUAUACAGACUAUGUGGCUACUCGGUGGUACAGGGCUCCAGAGCUCCUGGUGGGUGAUACUCAGUAUGGAGCCCCGGUGGACCUCUGGGCGCUGGGCUGUGUAUUCGCUGAGCUACUCCAUGGAAACCCUCUCUGGCCUGGACGCUCUGACGUUGACCAGCUCUACCUCAUCAGAAGCACUCUAGGUGACCUGAUCCCUCGUCACCAGCAGGUGUUCCGAUCCAACGUGUUCUUCAGUGGAGUCAGCAUCCCCGAGCCUGACACCACGGAGCCCCUGGAGAAACGCUUCCAUGGUGUGUCCUCUCACGCUCUCACUGUCAUGAAGUCAUGCCUGGUGAUGGACCCGUUGUUGCGUCUGUCCUGUGAGGAGCUGUUGGAGCUGCCAUACUUUCUGGAAGAAGGCGGAGCCAGCUGGGGCCGCGAGGGGGAUUGUCCCGGGAGACGCCAUGACAACAAAUUCUCCAGACGACGACAGGUCGGGCCGCAGUACCUUCCUCAGCUCCCCAGCAACAACAUCUCUCCUGCUCCAGAGACCAAGAAACAGAACAAACACAGAUACACAGACCAUCACCUGCCCAACAUCUAGAGAGAGGAGAAUCAGCUGUCCCACAUCUGACAGAGAGACGGAGAAUCACCUGUCCAACAUCUAGAUAGGAGGUCACCUGUCCAACAUCUGACAGAGAGAGGAGAAUCACCUGUCCAACAUCUAGAUAGGAGGUCACCUGUCCAACAUCUGACAGAGAGAGGAGAAUCACCUGUCCAACAUCUGACAGAGAGAGGAGAAUCACCUGUCCAACAUCUAGAGAGGAGAAUCACCUGUCCAACAUCUAGAGAGGAGAAUCACCUGUCCAACAUCUAGAGAGGAGAAUCACCUGUCCAACAUCUAGAGAGGAGAAGCACCUGUCCAACAUCUAGAGAGGAGAAUCACCUGUCCAACAUCUAGAGAGGAGAAGCAUCUGUCCAACAUCUAGAGAGGAGAAUCACCUGUCCAACAUCUAGAGAGGAGGAUCACCUGCCCAACAUAAAGAGAGGAUAAUCACCUGUCCAACAUCUAGAGAGGAGAAUCACCUGUCCAACAUCUGACAGAGAGACGGAGAAUCACCUGUCCAACAUCUGACAGAGAGAGGAGAAUCAUCUGUCCAACAUCUAGAGAGGAGAAUCACCUAUCCAACAUCUAGAGAGGAGAAUCACCUGUCCAACAUCUAGAGAGGAGAAUCACCUGUCCAACAUCUAGAGAGGAGAAUCACCUGUCCAACAUCUAGAGAGGAGAAGCACCUGUCCAACAUCUAGAGAGGAGAAUCACCUGUCCAACAUCUAGAGAGGAGAAUCAUCUGUCCAACAUCUAGAGAGGAGAAGCACCUGUCCAACAUCUAGAGAGGAGGAUCACCUGUCCAACAUAAAGAGAGGAGAAUCACCUGUCCAACAUCUAGAGAGGAGAAUCACCUGUCCAAAAUCUAGAGAGUACAAUCACCUGUCCAUCAUCUAGAGAGAGGAGGAUCACCUGUCCAACAUCUAGAGAGAGGAGGAUCACCUGUCCAACAUCUAGAGAGAGGAGGAUCACCUGUCCAUCAUCUAGAGAGAGGAGGAUCACCUGUCCAACAUCUAGAGAGGAGAAUCACCUGUCCAACAUCUAGAGAGGACCAUCACCUGUCCAUCAUCUAGAGGAGAAAUACCUGUCCAACAUCUAGAGAGUACAAUCACCUGUCCAUCAUCUAGAGAGAGGAGGAUCACCUGUCCAACAUCUAGAGAGUUCCAUCACCUGUCCAUCAUCUAGAGAGAGGAGGAUCACCUGUCCAACAUAUGACAGAGAGAGAAGGAGAGAGACAGAGGGAAAGAGUGAGAGGAGUGAGAGAGUGAAGGAGAGAGAAUCACCUUCCCAACAUCUGAGAGCUAGAGAGAGAGAGGGAAGGAGAGAGAGAGAGGUGCGGAGGUGAGAGAGAUGGACCAUGAGGACUAUGAGAGACACUGUUACAGUGAGAUGUGAAUAUGUUUGUAUGUGAGUGUAAAUGCAUUAGCUGUAAGAAAAAACACUAGCUCUUGGCUAGCACCAACCUUAGCCCAGGGCUAGCACCAACCUUAGCCCAGGGCUAGCACCAACCUUAGCCCAGGGCUAGCACCAACCUUAGCCCUGGGCUAAGGAAGAUUUUAGCCUGAGGCUAAGCAAGUGUUCACACUUGUACAUUCUAAAGUGGGCUAGCACCAAACUUAGUCCACGGCUAGCACCAAACUUAGUCCACGGCUAGCUGGCCCUACUCCGGAGCAGGGUUAGCACAGACUUUUCGGGGUUAGCCCCAGAAACACAGUGCCAAAAUAGCAAAUGUGAAACAGGGUCACGAACAAUACCUAGAAUACUUACUGUUCAAUCACAAAAGUGGCACUUUCACUUAAUCAGCACAUGCUGGUGACGCUCGUGAAGCCUCUAAUGUGUUCUGCAUGUUAUUUUAAGAAGUAAAAUUCAUACUACUUCAUCCUUCCGUCUGAGGACAAAAACCCUACUGUAUGCAGGCUGGCUAACUUCUUCUCACUUAGCCAACUAAAGCUACACAUUCUACAGCUAGAAGGGCGGCAAACACUCCCUUUCCCCCUGUUUUCGUAGCCGUUCUAUUGACGUUUUAAUUGUAUAUACUGUAUCCAUGAAAAUAACGUUGCGUGAUUUCGAAUUCGGUCAAAAAAGUUGAUGUCUCAUAAGUUCACAGCAUUCUCUGUACAGGGGAGGGGUGGAAUUUCAAAAGUGAAAGAUUGUUUUCCAAUGUUGGACAGGCAGACAACCAAAGUUUAUAAAAAACGAUCACUAUUGGAAAUCAAAUGCUAGGCUAGAAGCAAGAGGAAAUAAUGUGUUAAUCAAUGUCUUAUUGCUUAUAAUGGGUGCCGGUUUAGCAUGGGGCCAAUCUAGCAUGGGGUCAGUCUAGCAGGGCUAGCACCAACUUCAGCCAUGGGCUAGCACCAACCUUAGUCCUGGGAUAGCACCUGGGUCUAGCAUGGGGCCGGUCUAGCAUGGCGCCAGUCUAGCAUGGGGCCAGUCUAGCAUGGGGCCAGUCUACCCCAAGGCCAGUCUAGCAUGGGGCCGGUCCAGCAUGGGGCCGGUCUAGCAUGGGGCCAGUCUAGCAUGGGGCCAGUCUACCCCAAGGUCAGUCUAGCAUGGGGCCAGUCUAGUAUGGGCCCAGUCUACCCCAAAGCCAGUCUAGCAUGGGGCCGGUCUAGCAUGGGGCCAGUCUAGCAUGGGGCUAGUCUAGCAUGGGGCCAGUCUAGCAUGGGGCUAGUCUAGCAUGGGCCAGUCUAGCAUGGGGCUAGUCUAGCAUGGGGCUGGUCUAGCAUGGGGCCAGUCUAGCAUGGGGCCGGUCUAGCUUUGGGCCAAUCUACCCCAAGGUCAGUCUAGCAUGGGGCCAGUCUACCCCGAGGCCAGUCUAGCAUGGGGCCAGUUUAGCAUGGGGCCAGUUUAGCAUUGGGCCGGUCUAGCAUGGGGCCGGUCUAGCAUGGGGCCAGUGUACCAUUGUGCCAGUCUAGCAUGGGGCCAGUCUAGCAUGGGGUCAGUAUACCAUGGGGCUAGUCUAUCCCGGGGCUAGUCUAUCCCGGGGCCAGUCUAUCCCAGGGCCAGUCUAUCCCAGGGCCAGUCUACCCCAAGGUCAGUCUAGCAUGGGGCCAGUCUAAUAUGGGACCAGUCUAGCAUGGGGCCAGUCUAGCAUGAGGCAAGUCUAGCCCAGGGCUAGUGUAGCCCGAGGUCAGUCUAGCCCGGGGUUAGUCUAGCAUGGGGCCAGUCCAGCAUUGGGCCAGUCCAGCAUGGGGCCAGUCUGUCCCGGGGCCAGUCUACCCCAAGGCCAGUCUAGCAUGGACCAGUCUAGCAUUUGGCCAGUCUAGCAUGAGGCAAGUCUAGGGUACCAGUGGGUCAUUCUAUAAACUAGGGUACCAGUGGGUCUUUCUUUAAACUAGGAUACCAGUGGGUCUUUCUAUAAACUAGGGUCCCAGUGGGUCUCUAUAAACUAGGGUCCCAGUGUGUCUUUCUAUAAACUAGGGUCCCAGUGGGUCUUUCUAUAAACUAGGGCACCAGUGGGUCAUUCUAUAAACUAGGGCACCAACGAGCAUUUCUUGUAGUGAACUGUUUGGAGCGGUUACUAAGUCAUUAAUAAUGAUUUGCCAUUUAUUUUCACGUGAAUACAUUACGAUGUUAAAGGGGGAACAUAGACACAUUCAAUAUAAUUCAUGAGUUGAAUCAAAACCUGUGUUUAAAGUCUUUCAUGGAUUUGACAAAUAUCGUGUGACACAAACCCCUAUUACAUUGAUGAUACUGCUGUUUGUUGUUAUAUCACGUACAAAGCAUUUUAACAAUUGAAUUACACAUUGACCUUGAUCCUGGGAAAUUCUUGGAUAUUGCUUGUCAGACUCGUUUUUAGUGUGGAGAUCUGGGAAGUGGACUGUGACCUCAUAACAUUUAGUAUCUUCUUAUGUUACGGUGUGAAAACAGUUUUCAUGGGCACACAUAUCCAAAACAAUGUACUGUAUGUGAUUACAAAAUCCAAUGCUUUUUAACAGAAAGAGUAACUUGAACUUGAUUAAUAAAAUGAAAUCGAUGUAAAUAAAGUAGUUCUUCAAUAA